AGAGAUCGACGGGGAACGCAUCGUCAUCUCUGGCAUGUCUGGACUGUACCCGCAAUCCCAUCAUAUCAAACAUCUGGAGGAUAUUCUUUACAACAAGAAAAACCCAGUUACUGCUGACAAAUGUCGUUGGAAUUUCAAUCACCCCGAGGUAUCUAAUUACACGGGCAAGACGCCUGGACUGGAUCGAUUCGACGCGCAAUUUUUUAAGGUCCAUUAUCGGCAGGCGCACGUUAUGGACACCCUUAGCAGGAAGUCGCUGGAACAAGCUUUCCAGGCAAUCUAUGAUGCUGGAUUGAGUCCUGAACAUUUAAGUGGGAGGAAAGUGGGUGUCUUCAUUGGAUCCUGCUUUUCGGAGACGGAGAAAGCCUUCGUUUACAGUGCUACCCUCGGAGGCGGAUUCGGCGUAACAGGAUGCAACCGGUCUAUGUUUGCGAAUCGUAUUUCCUACUGGCUGAACGCCAAAGGUCCUUCGAUGGCUGUGGAUGCUUCUGACUGCAGCGGGCUGGCUGCUCUGGAACAAGGCUUCCAGGCCAUCAUGCGAGGAGAAUGUGUCGCUGCUCUGGUUGGAUCCAAUAACGUUUGUUUGCAUCCGCAACCAUCUGUGCAUUAUGCAAGAAUCGUAAAGAUGAGCAAAGACGGCAAAACUAAGUCGUUCGACCAAAAUGCGGACGGCUGUGCAAAAUCUGAUGCGGUGAACAUGCUGCUCCUACAGAAAGCUAAGGACGCUAAAAGGAUUUAUGCAGAGGUGGUCCACGUGAAAAGCGAGUUCACAGAGUUGCUGGAAACAGAGGCAGGCCCUAAAUUUGGGUUCUACAGAGAUUCUCAAGUUGCUGCCCGAUUCAUUAACGAUUUUUAUAAAGAAGCUGGAGUGCCUCCACACGCAGUCGAAUAUGUAGAAGCUUUCGGUGCAGGUCGGUUAUAG